UGUACAUUGAUGAAAUCGUAAAGAGAUAAAAAAAUAUAGAGCGACUUGGAUUGUCUUAUAGCCUCAUGUAGUAAAGCUGCUUGUGCAUCUUCUUCUGCUUCUUGCGUGGUUCAAUUCAAUUUCAAAGGGAUUAAAUUCCAAGACAUUUCUUCUCAGAACACAACCCAUUAAAUUAAAGCAUGUUUGAUUAGAAUUAGAUAGAAAGUUUUGGUUGGAAAACAAUGGCAACAGCUGUGCUAGUCCCCUGUCUUAACUCUGCUUCCUUCUUCAACAACAAUGGACAAUCAAGAAAUCGCUGCUGUGCAUCAAUUCAGCCAUCCAAGGCCAGCUCUUACUCCAAACGUUUCAGAGUCAGAGCCCUGAAAGAGAAAACAGAGGAGGAAAUCAAAAACCCAUCUUCUGCUGAUUCAGCUGAAGAAAUUACUAAGAAGUAUGGCCUCGAAGCUGGUCUCUGGAAGAUAUUCAGCUCAAAAGAAGAAGGAAAGGGAGGUGUGGAAAAUAAGUCCAAGGGAGAUGAUGCCAAGCAACUGCUAGCCAAGUAUGGAGGGGCAUACUUGGCCACCUCUAUCAUUCUCUCCAUAAUCUCAUUUUCGUUAUGUUAUGCACUCGUCAGCGCCGGGAUUGAUGUCCAAGCUUUGCUGCAGAAGGUGGGAAUCUCCGGGGGUGAGACCGGAGAGAAAGUUGGGACAUUCGCUUUGGCAUAUGCUGCACACAAGGCUGCAUCUCCAAUUAGGUUUCCUCCAACAGUGGCUCUCACUCCCAUUGUAGCCAGAUGGAUUGGAAAGAAAGUCGAAAAGGAGAAGUAACUUCUUCGGUUACUUAAUCCAUAAACAGGAGUUUUGCUCGUAAAGUUAUGGUUUAUUCCCUUGUUUGUAAAAUCAGCUGUAU